AGGAAGCAGCUUUCUCUCUGUCCUUCUGUUUCUUAUAGUUUUGCAGUCUCUUUAACCUUAAUCCAUCAUGCUGCUCCGAGCUCUGCUGCAGACUUCACUGGUGCUCUGGCUGGCCAAGCAAACUCUGCAAGGAGGAGUUAGGCCUCAAAAUGUGGCCUAUGGGAGGGCCCUGCCAGCUCGAGGUGUUGGUAUUGGAGUUAAACCUGGAGUUACCGGAGCCCUUGGAGCAGUAGGAAACCGAUAUGGUACAAAAGCAAUGAAGACUGGGAUUGGUCGUUAUCCUGGGGCCCACCUUGGUGUUGGAGGCUACAGAUCUCUUGGAUUAGGAGGAAGAGGAGGCCUGAGGCCGGGUGGAUAUGGAGCCCAUGGAGGCUACGGUGCCAGUUUGGGAACUGGAAUGGGUCUGGGUGCAGGACUUUCAAAUGGACUCGGCUUAGGCCUGGGUCAGGGAGGAAAACGUGCCUAUGGUGCAGGCCUUGGGUCUCUUCCAGGAUAUGGAGCAUAUCCAGGUGUUGGGUACCAAGGCGUACGCCCAGGUUAUAUCGGAGGAGCAGGAAACUAUCUUGGAGCGAGCCUGGGUGCUGCAGGCUAUGGAACGGGACAGGGAGCUUAUCUGGGAGGUGCUGCAGGAAAACUUAAUGCUGCUGCUGCUCUCGGACAGGGCGCGUAUCCUCAAGGUGUUGCAGGGAAAAACGGCUAUGGUGAAGGAAUGACGGGAUAUCUUGGUGCUAUGGGGGGUAACGGCUUGGCAGGCUACGGUAACGGAUAUGGAGAUGGUUACGGAGCAGGGAUUGGUUACCCUGCAGAGUUAGCUGAUGGUGCUGAGAACAAAGCAGGGAAGAUUAAAGCUCUGAGCACAGGAGGCUACGGAGGACAGGUCCAGGAAGGAUAUGGAACACUUGGUACAGGACUGGAAUCAAUUGGGGGCAAAUAUGGAGGAGCUGCUCAGGUUCCUUAUGGUAACACUCCUGUGAUCCCUGCUGGCCUGGAAGGUGAUGGAGGCUACCCAUAUGCUUCUCAGCAGCUCGGCCUUGCUGCUGAAAACGCCAAAACAGCCAGCAAAUACGGUGCUGCUGCAGGUUAUGGGACCCGACAAACAGGUUACGGAGCACAGCUUGGAGCUCCUCAUGAUGCUCUGGUGGAGCAGACUGGCAAAUACGAUGGAGUGAAUGCUGCACUUGGUAACGGGUACAAAGGUUAAGAAGUUGGCCUCUUCAAGUGGAUCUUCCUAUAUUUCUAUUGUUUUACCUUUUUGAUUUGCUUUUCUCAUUGUUACCCAUAUUUGUAUUGACCCUUCAAAACCUGCUGUACUCAACACCAAUUGUUCUGUUUUAUAUCAUAAAGUUUAAGUUGGAUGAUGAACUAAAAUAGAUGCAAAGUGCAAGAAAUGUAUGUUUGCUUGAUGAUCUUAUUGUUUUAGUCCAAUGAAGCAUCAUGUCAUGUGACGGUGAAUAAAAAAAACAACU